GGAACUUGAGCCAUCACACAUCCGAAUCACGCUUUACUUUAACGAUGUACGACUGAUAUUUUCUUACGUAUUUAUAACGAAUAGUAUACAGCUUAAACUGUUAUGAAAUCAUCUGAAGAUUUCUUUUAGGCAAGUUGGAUAAUCUAAGUUGUGCUUCGGCAUGUAUCAGAUAAAUACAAGUUAUCCCAUUCUGCGUAAUUUUAUCAGCUCAAAAUUAAUAUCAUUAUUACUGUUCAAUUUGUCUGCGUCAAAUUUCCAUUUGGCACUCACUGAAUAUUGUAAUUAUCUAGAGAUAUUGCUUAAUGUUACAUAAUUGUAAAUAGCAUACCACAUGUACUGUUUGUGUAAAACUGGAUAUGAAUACUGGAAGCAUUUAUUUGACAAAGUAAUGGUCAAAUAAAUAAUUUUCUUAUUAUUCUCACUUUUUAUUCAAGAAGAAAAAGGGAUUACUGUUCUUGUCUUAUAUUUAUCAAGGCUGGAACCUGAAAUAUCUUCAGCUUCAAAUGCGUUGGAAAUAUCUCCAAUUCAACAUGAAACUAGUGAUUCAACUGAUCAUUCACCUCUUAUUGUUGAGCAACAGCAGUUGGAUACUUUGGAUUCUGUUGGUUCCCAGGUUACCGAAUCUGUAAAAGAUUCGGUGAAAGAGGUUACAAAUUCAGAUUUUCAUGAUGAAAUACCGGAAUCACUUGUGUACAUUAAACCAGAAGAUGAAAUGUUUCCUUCACAUGUACCAUACAUUAUUGUUGGUGCUGGAGCGGCUGGAAUGUCAGCAGCCCGUUCGAUACGUGCCUCAGACCCAACGUCUAGAAUUUUAUUAAUUUCUGGCGGUAGGGGACCAAGUACAAUAGCUGAACCAGGUAUUGAAGAAACUUCAUUUGUUGAACCACCACCUUAUUUGAGACCACCUUUAAGUAAAGAAUUAUGGAAUCGAAGUCUUGAUAAAGAGAAAAAGUUACUUCGAUGCGAUGGAGAUAUUCGUCGACAUUCUUGGCUAUAUUAUGAACCAGAUAGCUUCUUUUUAAAACCGGAAGAUUUAAGUUCUGUCCAAUAUGGUGGAGUAGCAUUAAUGCGAGGUGAUCCUGUGGUUCGUCUGGAUCCUGAUAAACAUACCAUUUUUCUAGCAUCUGGUAGACAGAUAACCUAUGAUCGUUGUCUUUUAGCUACAGGUGGUUCGCCUAGACGGUAUAAACAUUUGGAAACGUGUAGUCAAACUGGUGUAAAUCUAAUUGACACUGGACAUGUUUCUUAUUUCCGUAAUAUAGCAGAUUACAGACAUCUUCGAGAUCUUGCUGAUAAACUUCGUCGAACUAGUGGUGGCAGGAUUGCUGUCAUUGGUGGUGGUUUUCUCGGAAGUGAAUUAUCUGUUAGUUUAUUAAAACAACCGAAAUCUGCAGAUAGCAAGAAUGGUAAUCCUGAUUCAAAAACUCAAUCAAAACUAUCUAUAAUGCAUGCAUUUCGUGAAACAGUUCCAAUGGGCAGUGUUUUGCCACCAUGUUUAGCUUCAGCUGUUGGACGUUUUGAAUCAAGUAAAGGUAUUGAAUUAUGGAGUUCAUCAGAUGUUGUCAGCUUAUCACUUGUUCCUAAUACAAAUGUGAAUACCAGUACUCGUGCUACUACUACUACUACUACUACAAGUGUAAAAGAAUCGCAAAACCUUUUACCAUUGGAAAAUGUAAUAGCCAGUAAUAAUACUGAACGUGUUCGCCUUCGUAUUAGACGUACAACAUCUGGCAUUGAAAGAGUAGAAGAAGUAGAAGUCGAUCAUGUAGUUUGUGCUAUUGGUAUAGAACCGAACACGGAGCUUUCUUCAGAUGCAUCCCUUGAAGUAGAUCCUAAUAAUGGUGGAUUUCUAGUGAAUGCCGAAUUGGAGGCAAGACAAGGUGUUUAUGUGGCUGGCGAUGCUGCAUCUUAUUGGGAUCCAGUUGUUGGUUGCCGACGACGUGUUGAGCAUCUAAAUUUCGCUGAAGAAGCUGGAUCAUUAGCUGGAAAAAAUAUGGUUGCUUCAUUAUUAUCUGAAAAUAAUAAAUCUGCAUCUAGAACGUCGUCAUCAUCAUACUAUCAACACCAAUCAUCUCUAUGGUCUACACUUGGUCCAGAAUUAUCAUGGGAUGCAGUUGGAUUGAUUGACUCACGCUUACUUUUAACACGUGCUUUCUUUGCUUCUUCCACUACUACCGGUGAUGAUGACAAUGAUAUUGAACAUAGGUCAUCUAAAGAGGAGAAUUCGACGACUCGAUCUUUUUCCCAUAUACCUGAUUCUAGUAUAGGUAGACUUACCAAAGGUGUUGUUUUCUAUCUUACCCCAAAAGAUAAAAAAUUAGUUGGUAUUCUGCUAUGGAAUAUGCCUGAUGAAAUUUAUACAGAUGCAAAUUAUCCGGCACCUAGUCGACUUAAUCUAGCCCGUAGUUUAUUAGCUCAAAAACUUAUCAUCGAACUUGACGAUUCUACAGAGAAAUUGCAAAACUCGACAGGUAAUAAUUUACGUCAACUAGCCAGUCAAUUUGAUGUUUAUGGAGAGAUUGCCGAGGAUUAUGCACAUUUACAAGAAUAUAUAAAAAGGAAGAAAUUAGAUGAAGAUAAUAAUAAUAUCGCUAAUAAUAAUGAUAAUUCAACAUUUAGUUCUGUAGAGAAUAAACCUCCUAAUAUGUAGUAUUUUCAAAGAAUAUAUCAACUACAGUAGCUAAUCACGUGCUCACCAGUGUUGCGGCAUUUAAAGAUGAAGAACCUAUGAGGAGAAAAUUCAUUGUUUUGUUUUUGUUACUUAUAAUUUCGUACGGAUUUUGUAAAUUUCAAGUUUUUUCGCUCAUUGUUUAUCAAAUAGAAACUGAUUAGAUUG